UAUACGAUGCUACACACAUAUUGUUAACUGAUAAUUGAUAAAAAGUGAUAAAAUAUAAUCUCUCAAAUGUUUCUAUACUACCCGGCUAAAAAUGUGCUUAACAGGAUUCAACUAAAGUUAGCCUAUAUGAAAUUCUGUAUCGAAAUCCAUAAAGUUGACAAGAUUCAAAAUACAAAUUCUGAUGUUUUAUAUUUUAAUGAAAUUACAUUGAACCGUAAUUUGUAAACGUUAUAUUAAGAUGUUAAUAAUAUAUAUAUGUUAAGAAUACACAAAAUUGCACGACAAAUUGUACUUUGUAAAACGACAAUUUAAAUCUUACCUUGUGGAUCGAGUUGCUGUUUCUAUGAGGACGAUACAAUUAGGCUACAGGCGCAAAACCAUUGCUGAGUUGUUUCUUAAAUAACAUAUCAGCGGGUUUAAAAAACCUUUACAUAACAAAAUAGCUGGAACCUGUUGGAUUAUUUUAAUGAUGUUUAGUGUUAUCUCUGAAGCAAGCGUACAGAGAGGCAGGUGAGAGUUUCUCAGGUGUGAAGAGCGCGUGUGAGGAGGCGUGGCUACUUUCACCAUUAAAGCGCUCGUGCUGGGAGUUGAUGGCGUUUGACAUGCAGAUCGUCUGAUGACUUUCUUCAAACAAUAUGGACGUCAGUUGAUCCAACAGUUUGUCCUUUGAAAUCAAACAGAUUUUUUUAUUAACUGGGCAUUGGACAUCAUUUGAAUCUGUCAAUGGAUGGAGCUCCAGUUGUAACCACGGCAACUCUACCUCCUCAUCCUCCUGGUACCUCCAGCUGCUUUCAAAAUGAGGCCUCACCCUUCAGAUGUACCACACAGACCCCACCUCCAUUGGGCCCACCUCCCCCACCACCACCACAAUUGGCCUUACCACCUCCACCACCUCCUCCGUUGGCCCUACCUCCACCGCCUCCUCCGAUGGCCCCACCACCACCACCUCCCCCGCCCCCUUCACCUAUGGGGGACCCCUUCACAAGGACUGUCCACAGGCGCUCCAAAAUGCGUAACUUUAAUUGGGAUGCCAUCCCCAGGCACAGUGUUGUGGGCAAGCGCAAUGUGUGGACGGCCCAGCGCAACCUUGAGAAUUUUGAGCUGGACACAAAGCGCAUGGAGGAGCUUUUCAGCCACAGUGACCAGCACGGUGCAGUUCGGAAGGGUGGGACAGUGCGGAAAAGUGUGUGGGGCCUUUCGCAAAUGAUUACGGAUACCGAGAAUGUUUCAAUUAUCAACUCUAAGAAAAGUAUGAGUAUUGGAAUUUUGCUGAAACAGUUUAAAAGGUCAGCAAAGGACAUUGUGGAUGCUGUGAGGCACGGCAAUCUGUGCUUUGCUCCUGGUAAACUAAAAGAGCUCAGCAAGCUUCUGCCUGAUGACCUGGAGUCAAAGAAACUGGUUUCGUUCAAUGGGGAUUUAACGCAGUUAAAUGAGGCUGACUGGUUUAUGGUGAUGCUGGUUCAAGUGCCGGGGUACAAGGUGAGGUUAAAGAGCCUGCUGCUUCGAGAGGAGUUUUUUCCCUUCAUUGAGGAGAUCAAACACUCAAUUGCUGUCAUGACAACAGCAGCCAAUGAACUGCUGGCUUGUGAUGACUUGCAUUCGAUUAUCAGAUUGGUGCUGAAGGCCGGUAACUACAUGAAUGCUGGUGGCUAUGCAGGCAGUGCUAUCGGCUUCAGGAUGAUGUCAUUACUCAAACUGGUAGACACCAGAGCAAAUAAACCUGGCAUGAACCUUAUGCACUAUGUGUCUAUGCAAGCCCAACAGACCGAUGAGGUUUUGCUGCGAUUCCCUGAACAGCUUCAGCACAUUGGGAUUGCUGCGAGAAUCCAAAAACAAGAGGUGGAGAUGGACUUUCAAAAGGAACUGGAGAAAAUUAGGCAAGCAAAAACAGAUGCCAGUAAACAGCCAGAUCUCCAACAUCAGAUGGAAGCAUUUCUUCGAAUGGCAGACAUGCGGCUUGCCGAUGUUGAAGCCUCGCUACAGGAACUGGACACCAUCAGUAAAUCUGUAGCGGAGUACUUCUGCGAAGACCCAUCCACAUUUAAGCUAGAGGAGUGUUGCUCUAUCUUUCAUUCCUUCUGUGAGAGGUUUGAGAGAGCUACACAGGACAACCGCGAACGGGAGGCCGCAGAGACUCGCAAGCGGCAGCAGAGAGAACGAGAAGUGCUGACUAGAACGGCCAAGCGACGGUCCACCGCCACGUGCUCCGACCGAGAUGUGAAGGAUGACGCCUCUGCUCUAGAAUCCGUGCUGACAAGCUUCCUCAACCAGCGCGCUCCUCGCAGGAGGCCCGGCGGACUCUCCCCUGUCACGGACAGCCCUGUAAAAUUCAACCAAAACAACAGCCCUCAGGUUGAGGAGUGUGAGGGCAGCGGGGAUCUGGACAGCCCUGCCGAGGCCAAAGAGGAGGAAGCCAAUAUCUGUGACCAGGUAAGCUCACAGGUUCGAGAACCAGAAGAAUGCUGCCAGAAAGAAAAGGACGCAUCUUGUGCUGUUGAUGACAUUCAGCGUGCACGUGCUGCGUCGAAGAGAGGACUCUGCAUUGAAGAUGGACUGAUUCCUGAAGGCAAUGAAUGCAAAAAAGAGAACAUUGAAGCUUUAGUGGCAUCUGAGGAUGAAGGCGUGGUCAGAGAAGAGGCAACGAAUAAUAGAGAUGUGAAUAAAGGCGAACUGGAGGAAGACAAAGAGAAAAGAGAAGAGGAAGAUAAAAUGCCAGAGCUCACCGGUAAAGUCUUGCGCUUUCAAGAUUGCAUCGGAGGCCCGAUUGAAACCUCAACACCCGGGCGUUCGCGAGCUCACAGUGUGUGCACGUCCACUCCUCGCCAGAGGGAGAUGGAUCUAGCUUUGCAGAACGGGAUAGGAGGUCUGGGUUCACCUUGGACCAUACUUAGCCCCCGCAUCUCCCCUCGUAACACGCCGCACCGUAACACUCCCCUUCAUAACACUCCCCUUCGUAACACUCCACUGCGUAACACUCCUCACCGUAGCACGCCUCAUCGCAGGCACUCUUUUAACCUUUCAAGGUUUGACAUUCUCGAUGAUGGAGUUUGGGCAUUACCUGACACACCUGUACGAAGCAAGCCCCCAUCUUUGGCUCACAUUGGUAAGAUUUACUCCGAGGCGAGUCAGAAUGCAGGUGUGGCAAGUGCAUCUUCGCUACCAGACUGUCCUUCAAAGCGAAUCCCAGCGCAGGGGACGUUUGCGAGGUCUGUCUCACUUACUGAUGAAAAAGAGCCGGCACUCAACCUCAAACUGGGACAGAUCUUUCAGAGGCGUACAGGACAGGACCUUCCUACAGAUAAAAGACCAGAACCCUCAGCACUUGUAACUUUCUUUCGACGAUUCGGGGAGAGACACAGGUCGGGUACAUUCAGUUAAUGGAAAGCCUUUCAAACUGUCUAGUUUUUAGUGGGUUUAACCUUUACGGAUUUGGGGAUGAGGUUUUUUAGUACCCCGCACAAUUGAUGACGAAUGAAGACAAAUGGGAAAUUGUAAAAUUCCUGAUGACUUUUGUGUUUAAAGGAACACGAUACGGAUGUCGUCGUCUUGAUAUGUUACCU